GCUUCCCGACAUGCAUUUCUCGUCAGCUGAUUUGAUCACCUCGGUAUCGCUUUUAUUUUCCUGAAUCAGUGAAUGACAGUGACAGCUUUCUCUGCGAUAUCACACGACUCAUGCUCUUAUUUUAUCGAUCCGGACGAGGUGAGAGAAAGAAAACCACGAAAGCGUGUCGGCGUUUCAAAUCCUACCCCGAGAGAUAAACACACACCAAACAUGUGUGUUAAGUGGUUCUAAUCAAAACUAGAGGAGACAUGCUGGCCACUCAAACACCUGAGAGCGGCCCAGAGGCAAAACAUGUUAAACAGUGGAUCAAGGAAAAGAUAGCACGAACACUGAAAGCCCUGCAGAAGCGUUACAUCACCACAGACACAGCAGUGACCAGUGAGGACCUGGAAGCUAACCUGCUGUGUUGUGCUCUGGAAUCUGUCUUCAUCCACGGCAUCAAGAGCAAGUUCAUCAGACUAGAUGGAGGAGGUCAUGGACGUAAAGGAGGGUCACGAGGAGCCCUUCCUCAGCCUGUCUUCUGGAGCCUGCUUAAGACCGUCACCCACAGGGAUGUAGUUCAAGAACUUGAACGUCUUAACUUCAUAAACUCAGACAUUGGCCGCUGUAGAGCAUGGGUUCGCCUGGCGCUGAACGACGGGCUUCUGGAAUGUUACCUGACCUCACUGCUCCGCGAGGGCUCCAACUUGGGCUCCUACUACCAGCCAGGAGCCCUUCUCAUGGACCCAGAGGACCGCGAGGUUCUUCUCACCCUCCUGCAGGGCUUGGCCUCGCUGACAUUCCAGCUGUCCUACAAAUCAGCUGUGCUGAAUGAGUGGACCAACACACCGCUGGUUCUUGCAGGUCUAUGCCCUCCCACGCCUGCCGAUGAGCAACAGCUUUGCCCAAAACACAAGGAGUCUUGGGAUACGGUCUCCCAGUCAUCAGGAGGGUCCGGAGGCUCAGAUUGGGCUCUGGAAGUGCUUCAGAGGGAGCCAAGGAAGGAACAGAGUGAGGGCUGUGAUCCGAGCACACCUCUGACCUUAUCAAACCUGAGUCUGGAUACAUCAGGCUUAUCACGGCUGUCCUCCAGCCUGAGCUCUGAUAGUCUGCUGCAGGGUCAGGAUCUCAGGAGUCCAGAGAAAGAACGCUGGAGCUGUGACGCCGACAUCAGCCGCAAUGCACAACAGAAGAACACCCUUUCGGAAGAGAACAGCUCCUGUAGUCAGGACUUGAUGAAGGAAGCCUUUGAUGUUUUCAUGCCUGCUCCAGACAACCUGAGUGUUGCUGCCACACAUGGGAUCUCCGACAGUGAAGUGCACAUCCCUGAUGGCCUGAUGCCUAACCCAACUGCACAGGACAUUCACCAAUCAGACACAAACUUCACAGAACCUUCUGAAACUUGCUCAGAAAAGAUGUCCACAGAAACAUUGCAGGAGACCAAAAAAGAAACAAAAGAAAAAGUGUCUGAGACUCUAGUUGAAACCACAAGGCUGAACGUUAGAAAUGCAGUCACUGAGACUUACGAACAUGAGAAGAAGAACGAGAACAGAGACUCUUCUUUUGGUUCCCCUGAAGUUUUUUCUCUCACCGAGACUGCAGAGAAGAUCUCUGACCUUAAAGACCCUGACACUUUUACUUUAGAGACCUCUCCUGCCCCUGGUCCAGUGGGAAAUUCCAGCCAUGCUGUGCUUAAAUAUUCCACAAGUAUUGUGAGAAGGAGAACAUCCUCUGACUCCCUGUAUUCCUCCUGUAAAUCCACAUCUUGGAUAUCAGAGGAGGACUUCUACACACCUGAAGAAACUGGCAAUUCUGUAGGUCAUGCCAUCAUUGAUGUUACACAAAUGAAUGGGCAGGUGACGCCCACCCUUGAACCAGACAGUCUCCAGCCACCACCUAGUGUUGUGCACCGGAGACAGAAUGGUCUGCUAAACCCAUUCAGAGGUCUGCUGAAGCUGGGUCAGCUGGAGCGCCGCAGUGCGGUGGGCAUGUGGUGGGAUUACUACUGUGAGCUCUCUCCCUUUGAGUUGCGGCUUUACAUCAAUGCAGAGGAGCGCACCUGCUACGAAAACCUGUCCCUGCUGCGCUGCGAGGAUGUCCACCUGUCCUCUGGUACUGAGGGACGUUUCCAGCUCUGCUUCCCAGGCAAGACACUCUACCUGCGAGCGCCGUCUCGAGGGGAGGCUGAAGACUGGGUUGACCGCAUCAUGGAGGCUGUCUGCAAACUACGACCCAUGCUGAAGGACAAGCAGUUGGAGGUGCUACAAAUGCCCAAUGACCGAGAAGUCCUAUCGCCACCCUCAAGCCCCGAGCACACCAUCACAAAACUGCCUAAUUCUCCUAAUUUAGACUGGACCCGUCAUACAGACCCAGAACCAGAUGCUAUCAAGGAGACGGUGGUCUAUCAGAAAAUGGACGAGAACGGAUGGAGGUCUCUGGUGCUCUCACUCUCCCUGGAAACUCUCAGGGCUUACUGGGUCCAAGAGGACUCCAAGAUGCCUCUAUUCUCUCACCCCAUAGGGACAAUCAGGGAUGUUGUUCCAGAUGUUUCUCUAGGUAGCCCUGCAUUCUUCAAGGUUCUGACUGCACAGGAGACCCUGACUUUGAGAGCAGAGAGUGGCGAGGAAGCGCGUGGAUGGAGGAGCCUCAUCAGAGGAGCACUCGACUCGUAUCUGGAGACGGAGGAUGAUGGGACAGUUGAGGGCGCCUCAUCGACCAGUGGUGGGCAAGAGGGGAGCGUUCACAGGCUGGUCCAGCACAGACUGAAGGGAGAUGGGGUGCUGCUGUCUCACUUGUCCAUUGUCCCCAAAGAGAGAGGACUAGACGCACAAAAUUACAAAUGUGCAGGUUGCUCUCGGCAGAUCGGUUUGUCUUUGGGAAAAGCUCGACUCUGUGAGUUCUCAGGUCAGUACUACUGUGAGACCUGUCACCAAGGAGACACUAGCAUCAUCCCCUCUCGCAUGGUGCACAACUGGGACCUAACAUCACGUGAGAUCUCAAGACAAGCCCUGAAGUUGCUGGCUGAAAUAGAGCACGAGCCUCUCCUGAACCUUGACGCUUUAAAUCCUGACCUGUUCGAUCAUACUGACAUCAUGUCUACAGUACGGAGCCUGAGACAGAGACUCUGUUUCCUUGGCAACUACCUCCUAAUGUGCCGCAGUGGGAUCAGCAAGAAAGUCCAGGCGAGACUUCAACAGAGGAGUUACUUAAUGGAGAAUAGAGAUGUAUACAGCAUUUUGGACUUGCAACAGAUAGCAGAUGGGCACUAUGAAUCUUACCUGCAGUCUCUGAUUCAGUUUGGCUCAGAACACGUGUACAACUGUGACCUUUGCACCCAGAGGGGUUUUAUUUGUCAGAUCUGCAAUACAGGCAACAUCAUCUUCCCUUUUCAGCUUGAGAGCACUUCCAGGUGUCAUGUGUGUAAGACGGUGUUUCACGCUUCCUGUAAAGCUCAUUGUCCGGUCUGUCCACGCUGCGUGAGAAUACAGAAAUACUUGGAGAGAGAUUUGAAGGACUGACUUAGAAACGUUCCUGUUUCUUAUGAAACUAACAACCACUGAAAUGUUUAUAUUUUAUGUGUUUCUAUAGCUGCCAUAUUUACAGUACUCAAACUCCAGCGUGAGUUUGACCGCCAGUAAAUGGAAUCAGGUAGCACAUUAUUGGAAUACUUCACAAAUUGGCCUGGUUGCUAGGGAGGGUAGAGUCACACGAGGUAACCUCCUUAUGAUCGCUAUAAUGUGGCUCGUAAAGGUGAGUUGUGUGUAGACUGCCGCACAAUGGCCUCCACUACACCACCACGAGGACUUUGAGAAAUUGGGCAUUCCAAAUUCAAAGUUUUAACUAAGAAAUUCAGUGUUACUGUUUUAUAAUCCACAUUUGGCUAGACCAUCCAACUUGUAAUUGUGAAUUAGACUAAAUCGAGCAGUUUUUACUAAUCAGAAAUUCAAAACAAUGGUAAUUUAGACAUUUUCAGACCAUCUUUGUGUUGCAUUUCACAUGAAGCUUAAUACAACACUCAUCGGAAACCUUAAGUGCACUUUUAUACAAACACAUGUACAUAUUUACGCACCUCAACUCACCUGGAAAACGUACAGUACAUUCAUGUAUAUAGUGUCAGGUUUGUGCUUUGAAUCAUAAGUCUUAUUAUUUCUUCUCUGUUCUCUUUUUUGAUUAGUCAUUAUUCAUUAGAUCAGGACAAGGAACGUAUUUAUGAAACUUAUUAGGCAACUUAAUGCCAAGGAUCUCUUUACUCUUGUUUUUGUAUAGUAAUAUUUUUGCAUGGCUCUUGUCAUCUGAAUGACACAUGCCAAGAUUUAUAUAAAGUAUUAAAUGUUUACAAAACAUUGUAUGCAGUAAUAGGCAUACUCUAAAUGGUGUGCAUUUAAGAGAGAAAAUGAAAUGUGUAUGAAAUGAAGACAUACUUAAACCAGUCUUUUAUUUUACAUGCUGUGCCUUUAUUUUCAAGUUUCAGUUUUGUUGUAGCAUUUGUCAUUACCAAAAUGGGUUGUGCCAAAAAUGUAAUUAUUAUAAAGAUGUGAAUUAUUAGCAAAGCAACUUCAUUGCUGACAUUCAUCUCUGUGGGUGAUACAAAAGAUGAAGAUAAAAUCUUUUAUAAACUUGUUUCCUGGUUUAAUGAAUACCCCAUUAAAUCACCUGUUGCAGGGAAUGUCAGGGUGUCUUAAUAUCUGUCAUGAUUUUUGGUUUGCCACUAGGGGCAGUGCCACCUAAGCAAAGGUUUCAAAGUUGAUUGACAGGUGCAGUGGUUAAGGAUUUCCUCUUUACAGUCUUGCACAACAUUAUAACUAAACUAUAUCACAA